GGUUACAUCGGGGUGGUUUAAAAUCGGAAAUGUCACACUCGGGGGCUGCUAAAAUACAGUGUGCGCAGCGGCUCCGUGAUCAGCCAGGUGAUCGCACGGACUGGGGGAAAGGAGGAGAGAAAUCACCCCGCCUUUAGGGCCAGCUGAUUGCUCUUUCUUCUUCUUCAAAAAAUGGGGUGCGCUUAGUAAUUGCUGAAAAGGCACUAAAAUGCGAGGAACAUGAUGUUAAUCUACCCCUGAGUGAGCACAAUGAACCGUGGUUUAUGCGUCUUAAUUCAUCCGGUGAAGUCCCUGUUCUUAUCCAUGGAGAAAAUAUUAUUUGCGAGGCAACACAAAUUAUUGAUUAUCUUGAAAGCACUUUUGUGAAUGAGAAAACACCAAGACUAAUGCCAGAAGAUGGAAGCAUGUAUUAUCCAAGAGUGCAGCACUAUAGGGAGCUUCUGGAUUCCUUGCCUAUGGAUGCCUACACACACGGCUGUAUUUUGCACCCAGAAUUAACUGUGGAUUCCCUGAUUCCAGCUUACGCAACAACCAGAAUUCGUAGCCAAAUAAGUAACACAGAAUCUGAACUGAAGAAGCUUGCAGAAGAAAAUCCAGACCUCCAAGACGCUUAUAUAGCAAAGCAGAAACGCCUUAAAUCUAAACUUCUGGACCAUGAUAAUAUAAAAUACCUAAAAAAAAUACUUGAUGAAUUGGAGAAAGUUUUGGAUCAGGUUGAGACUGAGUUACAACGGAGAAAUGAAGAAACACCAGAAGAGGGACACCAACCUUGGCUCUGUGGUGAAUUUUUCAGUUUGGCAGACGUGUCACUUGCUGUUACAUUACAUCGUCUGAAGUUCCUGGGAUUAGCAAGACGAAACUGGGGAAAUGGAAAACGUCCCAACUUGGAAGCCUAUUAUGAGCGUGUCUUGAAGAGAAAAACAUUUAAUAAGGUUUUAGGACAUGUCAACAACAUAUUAAUCUCAGCAGUUCUGCCAACUGCAUUCCGGGUGGCCAAGAAAAGGGCACCAAAAGUUCUUGGCUCUACCUUGUUGGUUGGCUUCCUAGCAGGGAUGGGUUAUUUGGCUUUCAUGUGUCUUCGGAAGAGAUUUGCCAAUAUGAUGUUAUCAAUUAGAACACGACAAAAUUAUUUUUAGACUUGUGAGAGUCUUGGGAUAUCUUUUGUCCCCAGGGAAAUAUCUAAAACAAACAUAUAAGAAAGAUUAUGUCCAUGGACCAGAACAUUGUCACAGAAUAAUAGUCUCCUGCUGUUGAAGAAAUGUAUUGGCAAUGCUGAGCUGUUUGUGGAAAAUAAAUUUUGAGGGGAUAAGAGAGAAAAAGCAAUACUUUCUUUUCAAAGGAGGAGCUGAAGAUCCUGUGCCAAUGCUUUGUUAGAAUGACUAUUGUUUCUUACUCUUUUACCAAAUGACUGAUAUAAUUUUAGUACUUUUAAUUUAACAGAUAUUCAUGCAGCAACAUGGUAGGUUUUCACAGAGUGGGGAAAUUCAUUAGUGUGCACAGGACCAGGGUUCAAAUGGGAUCUAAAUUGCACCUGUACCUUAUGCUUGCUUCUGCAAAGCAGUGAAUUUCACUGCCUACUGUAUAGACAAGGAUUUUUUAGGGUGAUGUCUUUUAUUGGCCCAACUGGGGUAGUCUUAGACAAGCUUUCAAAUGUAAGAAAUUCUUCUUCAGGACCCUCCCUAAGAAAUCCUUCCGUAUCACAAUUUCUGGAUGAUCAUGGUUAAAACAUCACCCUUACACUCCCACUGUGUGGCAUACUGAUCAAGGACCAUUGAAUUUCUGUGGGACCACUAUGACUAGUUUAGAUAAAAUAGCAUCAGUUUUUCAUAGAUUUCAUAGAUUUCAUAGACAUUAGGGCUGGAAGGGCCCUCGGAAGAUCAUCGAGUCCAGCCCCCUGCCCAAAGGGCAGGAAGUCAGCUGGGGUCAUAGGAUCCCAGCAAGAU